AACAGCGGGAAAACUGCUUCAGAGACUCGCGCUGACAAAACGACGCCAAACGUAGGUUUCCGUUUGUAAAACGAUUAACAAAGGUGUUUUCUUUUUAGUUGGCGUAGUAAAUUGAUAUUAGUGUAAAUAGUUUAAGUUUGUAUCGUUUCAUAGGCUGAAGUGAUUGACGAGUGUGUACGUGAGAUUGUCAGGUACCGCGUCGAUUCGAGGAGGCCCGUUUAAAUGGUUUUCAAAUACUUUUGCAAUUGACGGUAAGCUGUCACAAAUAUAUUUACUCUUGGUAAUCUCUGAUGGUCAGGCUACCACCAAAUAUUCAUUACACCGCAGGACUAUGGCCACAUCAGGGAGGAAACAGAACAAGAAGACCAAACACGCUGAUAACUCUGCAGAACUCAGCGCGUUUGACUUCAAGACAGACGAGGAAAAGAAAGUACUAAGUGGAUCUGACGAUGAUACAAGAGACGAAACUCCAAUCAUAGACAAACUGGCCAAGAAACGAGCUGCAGAUACAUUUGAUGAUGAUGACCUAAGUGUAGGUGUGGGAAAUGAGGUUCAGUCAAUGCUGGAAAGAUUUGGUGCGGACAUCAGCAAGGCCAUGCAGAGUAAAAGGAAGCGCUUGGAGGCUCUUACUAAAAACUCUUUAAAGGGUAGCACUCAGAAACUAGAGCAGAUGUGGAAAACCCAGCAGAAUCAGAGGCAGAAGCUGACUCAAGAGUAUUCCCAGCAGGUGUUCUCUGUACUUCAGCAAUGGGAGACCGAUGCUCAGAAAUCUGAGGAACAGGAGGAGAAACUGAACAAUUUGUUUCGCCAGCAGCAGAAGCUGCUCCAGCAGGCAAGGGUCGUGCAAAACCAAAAAAUUAAAACAAUCAAAGACCUGUAUGAACAGUUUGUCAAGAACAUGGAAGAGAUGGAAAAAGGCCAUGAAGCUUUCCUACAGGGCACUCAGCUGGAGCUUAAAAAGGAAAUGGCCCUGCUGCAGAAGAAGAUAAUGAUGGACACACAACAACAGGAGAUGGCCACUGUUCGGAAGUCCCUUCAUUCCAUGCUCUUCUGAAAAUGUUUUUCCAUUCUUAUGUUACCAUUACAUGUUACAGGUGUUGUGGAUGAUUUAAGCCGUUCAAAAUGUUAUCUGAUAUAUAUAUAUUUUUUUUAAGUUAAUAUGACUCAGCUAUCUCUAUACUGAGUUUCUUUUGCAUCAGUUUGUUAAUUUAAAUCAAUAAUUGUCCUGUUGUAUUAUAUACAUUUUUUAUUGAAGUAGAUGCUACUGUUUUCUCUUUUUCUUUUUUCAUUCUAAUGCAAAUUCCAGUUUCAACCUGAUGCUCCAAUCUAAGAAAUUCCCUAUUAUUACAGUUUAACCCUAAGAAAGGCAAUAAUAUAAAUAUACCCCAGAAAAUGUUUUUGUAUUUUUUCCAACACAUUACAACCCAAAUAAAAAAGUCCAUG